AUGCCGACAUUCGGCUGGCAAAGCAAUGAGAGUCCACAUGCUCAGUUCAUCCGCAGUGUGGACUGGAGCGCCACGGCCAUAGGCGCACCGGAAACAUGGCCACACCAACUUCAUCAGAUGAUAGAUCUCAUCAUGCUGGAUCCGACACCGAGCGCCAUCAUGUGGGGCGACAGCCUCACCAUGAUUUACAACGAUGGAUUCGUGGAAUUUGCUGGAGAAAAACAUCCGAAACUCAUGGGAGGAACUCCACUCGUGUCAUAUGCAGAAGUCUGGGAAGCCCAGUUUGCUCCGAUUGUACGGCUCGGUAGAGAGCAAGGCCAGGCGACCCGCCACAAGGAUGUGCCAUUGUUCUUGAGACGUCACGGAUAUACCGAAGAAUUAUUUGUGGACUAUACGUUCAUACCUCUUACUGGAAACAACAAGGAAGUUGUAGGAUUCUAUCAUACUGCCGUGGAAACCACAGAUCAGAAUCUAGCUAGGCGAAGGACCCAAACAUUAAUCGACAUAGGCAAUCAUGCAGGCGGUGCCCGAGACAUGAGGCAAUACUGGGAUGCGGUGCUCAAAGGGUUCGAAACCAAUAUCUGGGAUAUACCAUAUGCGAUCGCCUAUGAGUUCCACAACGACAGCGACGGAGAAAAGUCUUCUACAAAUGGUUCCAACCAUCGUUCUGGUUCUCGGUCAAGGUCGAAUAGGUCUGGCUCGUUCUCAGAAUCUGUAUCGUCAUCAGGCCGGAUUACUAUCCCUAGAGCUUGCAGUUUGGCUGGUGUGAUUGGAAGAUCUAUGACACAGGUCCCACUAGGCUUGGAUGUUGCGCUAGAGGAACCUGGCUUUCAUCAAGUCGUCAAGAAGGCUAUUAGUUCCGGAGAGCCCAUACGCCUCGAGAUCGCCCACGAAAAGACACCGGACUGGCUCAGAUCAGAUGUGCCAGGGAGAGCUUUCGACGAACUCAUCACACAUGCAGUGGUGAUGCCAAUUCGACCAACUACUCGGAACGAUAGUGAGGGGCUGAACGCAAUAGGAUUUGUUGUAAUGGGACUCAAUCCGCGGCGAACGUUCGAUACCGACUAUCAACGCUAUACACGACUCUGGAGCCAGCAGUUGGCCACCUCGGCGGCGUCAGUGGUUCUUCUCGAACAAGAGAACAGACGACAGAUGCAACUCAAAGCUCAGCUUUCCAUCAACGAACUUCGUUUCAGUCGAUUUGCCGAAAUGUCUAAUGUUGCCAUGUGGAUUGUAGAUCCUUCCGGAAGCCUUGUUUAUGGCAACAAAACCUGGCAUGACCAGAUGGAUGUCGCCGACAGUGCUUCGAAAUAUGAUGAUGAGGGCAACCCUAUGUGGUGGGAAAGGGUAAUGGAGGACACGAAGCCCGCUCUAGUGCACGCGUGGAAACUCCUGACCGAAGAGCAAAUCGCGACAAAUAUUGAAAUCCGGCUGAAGCCUACCAGGACAACAAAGCAAAGCCGAUGGGUUCUCUCAUCCGCAUUCCCAGAGCUAGCCGAAGACGGUUCUCUCAAAGCGAUAUGGGGAUGUAACACUGACAUCUCGCACCAAAAACUAGCCGAGGACCUCAAAGAGCAAAGGCUUCUAGACGUCCUCGAAGCGAAGCGACAGAGCGAAUCCUUUAUCGAUACCGUAUCUCACGAGAUGCGAAACCCACUAUCGGCCAUUCUGCAGUGCGCAGAUGGAGUCAACACUGCUGUACUGGAAGCUCGGGAAUCUUCUGGUAACAAAUCCGAUACUCAGCUUGACCGCGAAGGACUGGAUUACAUCGUAGAGUCCACUCAGACUAUUAUUUUGUGUGCGCAGCAUCAAAAACGGAUCAUCAAUCUAGAUGCUCGGCUCCUGGAAGUCACGCCAACAGAAGUCAAUCCCGUUGAAACCGUCAAGCACGCGCUCAGGCUCUACCAGCAAGAAUGUCAAAACGCUGGUGUGGAUAGUGCAAUACAAGUAGAUCAAUCAUACAAUUCCUUGGCUGUCGAUCGUGUCUAUGUGGAUCCAUCGAGAUUGCUUCAAGUCCUGAUCAAUCUGUUAGGUAAGACUGGCCUGAUGUUAUCCUCGAAGCUGUUCACUAAACGAAUCCAGNGCAAUGCAAUCAAGUUCACUCAACAUCAAGACCAGAGAAAGGUCACAGUCACUAUUAGCGCAUCUCGCGAGAGCCCGGCAAUGAGAAGCGAUGGCGAACAAUACUUCUUCCCCAGAGCUUCAAAACAAGAACCAGUUUUUGGUCCCGACUGGGGUACUGGCGAAGAACUCUUCCUACACUUUUCGGUCAACGACACGGGAGUCGGUCUAACAAAUGAUGAAAUGAAGAAUCUGUUCCUUCGCUUCUCGCAGGCGUCACCAAAAACUCACGUUACUUAUGGUGGAAGUGGCUUAGGUUUGUUCAUCUGCAAAGAACUAGCCGAACUUCAAGGUGGCCGCAUUGGGGUGUCUUCCACACCAGGCAAAGGAAGCGAUUUCAAGUUCUAUGUCAAGGCCCGCCGAGCCGCAACCUCUAGCAGGCGAGAGACUCCUGACUUCGAAGAGACGGCUGCAAAGAAACCGAGACAGAGCAAGCCUUCACACAACGGCCAGAAGGCCGCUGACGAGACGACUGACUUACGCGUCACACACCCUAACUACGUUGCACCUUUGAACAGAUCUCACUCAGCAUCUCAAAACCCUAUUGUCGGUUCACCAAGCGAUGCGAAUACGUUGCACGUUCUGGUUGUAGAGGACAACUUGAUCAACCAANAAAUGAUACAGGUGAUGGCGCAACAGCUCAAGAAGGCCAAAUGUGAGGUCCAUGUCGCCAAUCACGGUGCAGAUGCUCUAUUCUUCCUGGAAAAGACCAGUUUUGCAAAAGAUUGUGGACCAUAUGCAACACCGCUGUCAAUAAUUCUUAUGGAUCUCGAAAUGCCAGUCAUGGACGGGUUGACUUGCAUACGAAGGAUUAGAGAGUGGCAAAAGCAAGGAAAACUCACAAGACCGGUGCCAGUGAUUGCAGUAGCAAAUGCUCGCCAUGAGCAAAUUACCAUGGCACAAGAAGCAGGAAUGGACGACGUUGUUACGAAGCCUUUUAAGAUCUCCGAACUGAUACCCAAGAUGCAUACACUGAUAGAGAAGAUCUCGACCUGA